GUUCCCUCCAACCACUUACAACUUUACAAGCAACGUGUCACCUUUACAAUAAUUCAACAUCUUCCUUACCUCCCAUAAAUCCCCCCAUGGCGGCUUCUAGCUUUCUCUUUGCAAUCAUCAACUCUCUGUAAACCCUAAUCCUGUUUUAGUACACUCCAACUCAUUAAUCCACAAUGCUCUGUUCCAUUUCUACCCACAAAUCUACUUCCAACUGGCUCGACCGGCUCAGAUCAUCAAAAGGCUUCUCCUAUGCCGACAACACCAAUCUCGAACAAUUUCUUACUAAUGCAUCCCAUUCUCAUUCUCCAAACACCCAAACUCAGUUAACAGAUCAUAAUAAUAAUAAUAACAACAACACCGGUUCGGAAUCCAGCUCCGACCCGAUUCGACCCGUAAACGAACCGGGUAACAGUGGAGACAAAGAAGAACUGUGUAAUGUAGUUACCAAUGUUCUCUCAGAGCUAUUUUGUAUGGGAGAAUCAACUAAGUUCCCUAAGUUAAAUGUAAAAAAGGGCUCCCGCAAACAAACGAACCCUAGGUUUUGUGCUUCAUCGGAAAUCAACAAUGCUGAGGUUGUCAAGGGUGUUCGAAGGAAAGAAGAAAUAAGGGAUUCUCAGGUGAAGGUAUUAGAGAAGAGUGAUAGUUUGAAUUUAGGGGAAGAGGAGGAGAAGUCAAAUGCUAAUAUGAUGGGAUUUUCGAAGACUGAAGUAACGGUGAUAGAUACGAGCUGUGCACCGUGGAAAUUUGAGAAAUUGCUGUUCAGAAAGAAGAAUGUAUGGAAGGUUCGUGAUAAAAAGAGUAAGUCCACGACGAAUUUGGGGAAGAAGAAGAAGAGGAAAGCUGAUGUGGCCACGAAUGAGGGCGAGAAGAAACAGAAGGUUAUAAGUGGACAUGAUGGGGGAGUAUGCAAGUAUUCAGUAAAUGAAAAGCUUCAGUUGAAUGAUAAAUUGGAAGAAACUUGUAGAAGGACAUCUGAUUCUGUUGGCCAGGCUUCCAAAAAGAAACAACGGAACUUAAAAUUAAAGAAGGCAUCUUCGUCUGUUGUUCUAAUUAAGAGCAUUCCAACAAAUAAGAAAAAUGGAACAAGCAUAGCUAAGAAAUUUCUGAAGCCAUCUCAUUGACAGUACCAGGCUCGAUAAUCAACUAAAUACACUUGUGUGAUUGCAAAUUCAUCUGUACCUAGCCAUCUUUGGAGUAAUGCAGCAUGACAUUUUGGAGAAACAAAUACUCCACUAUAUAAGGUGCAGAAUGGAGCAGGAAGAACUAUAUGAGUACCAAUCCGCAGAGAGUUAAACUGUCAAUGCGAUGUCUUGUUUUGCUUAUCAGGAUGCAAACAUUCUAGCUAUCAUGAUAAUUGAUUUGUUGCUCAAGUCGAAUAUAGGGGUGGGCGUUCGGUUUUU